CCUCAAGCUUUGCAUGGGAAAAAGGGGAUCAGAAAUGCAUCAGAAAUCCUUGAAGUAUUGAGACAAGUGAAAGUCAAUAUUCCAUUGCUGGAUAUGAUUAAACAAGUUCCAACAUAUGAAAAAUUCCUAAAGGACUUGUGUACUAUCAAAAGAGGGUUGAAUGUGAAUAAGAAAGCCUUCUUGACUGAGCAAGUAAGUGUUAUCAUACAAUGCAAGUCUCCUUUGAAGUACAAAGAUCCGGGAUGUCCUACCAUUUCAGUCAUGAUUGGAGGAAAGGUAGUGGAGAAAGCUUUGUUAGACUUGGGAGCAAGUGUGAAUUUGCUACCAUACUCUGUCUACAAGCAAUUGGGACUUGUUACUGGUGAAGUUCCAAGUGAGUGGAAAGCACAAGAUAAAAAGCACUUCUUUGCAAAGAUUCAUGCUUAUUAUUGGGAAGAGCCUUUCCUUUUCAAGUAUUGUGCAGACCAAAUAAUAAGGAAGUGUGUCCCUGAAGAAGAGAGUUGUGAUAGAUGCCAAAGGCUCGGGAAGCUUACAAAAAGAAAUCAAAUGCCCAUGAACCCCGUUCUAAUAGUUGAUCUCUUUGAUGUUUGGGGCAUUGACUUCAUGGGACCUUUCCCAAUGUCUUUUGGUAACUCUUAUAUCUUUGUGGGGGUGGACUAUGUUUCUAAAUGGGUUGAGGCAAUCUCCUGUAAACACAAUGAUCACAGGGUGGUUCUCAAGUUUCUUAAGGAGAAUAUCUUCUCAAGAUUUGUGGUGCCCAAGGCCAUUAUCAGUGAUGGAGGUACUCAUUUUUGCAACAAACCUUUUGAAACCCUAUUAGCCAAGUAUGGAGUGAAGCAUAAGGUAGCCACACCUUAUCUUCCUCAGACUUCCGGGCAAGUUGAGUUAGCCAACAGGGAAAUCAAGAACAUAUUGAUGAAGGUGGUGAUCACGAGCAAAAGAGAUUGGUCUAUUAAGCUUCAUGAUUCACUAUGGGCAUAUAGAACAGCUUACAAGACUAUUCUUAGCAUGUCUCCCUAUCGCCUAGUCUAUGGAAAAGCAUGCCAUCUCCCCGUGGAAGUUGAAUAUAAGGCUUGGUGGGCAAUCAAGAAGUUAAACAUGGACUUGAUCAGGGCCGGGGCAAAGAGCUGCUUAGACCUUAAUGAGAUGGAGGAAUUAAGAAAUGAUGCUUACAUCAAUUCCAAAGUUGCAAAACAGAGGAUGAAGAGGUGGCAUGAUCAAUUAAUCUCCAACAAAGAAUUUCGGAAAGGACAAAAAGUCUUACUCUAUGACUCAAGGCUACAUAUCUUUCCUAGGAAGCUCAAAUCAAGGUGGAUAGGUCCUUUCAUUAUUCACCAAUCCAUGACCACACACACGGUUCGGGAUCCUACUGUUAUCCACUUCACCAUAGACGGACACCAUGGUAUUCUGGGAGCCAGGCACAUAGCAGAGGCGCUCCGUAUUCCCUAUGAGUCAGCACGUCCAAAGGAUUUUCAAGUCUGGACUCAUCCUGCACAGAGUGACAUAGUCCACAUUCUGUCCAGAGAGGCAUCCUCGCGCCAGUAUCUGUUGAGGAAGGAGCUCCCCCCCAAGAAGGUCCAUAGGAAGAAGCUGCUCAAAGUGGAUGCCAUUCCACUUCUCUUCCCUAGAUUGCUAUGCCAGAUUUUGGAGCACUUGGGAUACCCAUCAGACCCUCUGCUUGAGCGUAGACGUAUUUGUCGAGAGAUAUUCACUCUCGAAAAAUGGACGAGUAUGACAGCAUAUGGUGCAGAGCCGGGAGCCCUAGUUGGACCAGAGCAUCUAGAGAUUCCACAUGCAGAGCAGCCAGAAGAGCCACAACCGGUUGAGAUACCAGUUGACAUUACACCACCUGCCCCUACAGUGGCCUCUCUAGAGCCUAUACCUGAGGUUGCACCCUCUGCUCCUCCUGCCACACCACGGACUCCCCCUGUUAUUCCAGUUACAUCUGAGCCAUCUCCUUCAUCUGAGCCUAGGAUUGCUAUACCCAUUUCCGAGUAUAGAGGCCUAUGCCACACUUUCCAGGCAUUGGCCACUUCUCAGAGCAUCCUCACUCAGCAGAUGACAGCUCUUCGUGCUCAUCAGGGGCAGAUUAUCGCCACUUAG